AUGGCAUCGACCACGACAGGAGUAGAGCUGGUUACGCUCACCAAGGAUGGCGCUCCCGUGCCUCCCGGUGCUCCCGUGGUCUCACCACCGGCCCCGUCGUCAGACUCGGGAGUUCUCUUGGGCAGCACCACAUCCCAGGACACCCAGGAGGCAGAGGUCCCGGCCCUUUCCCGCUUCCGCACCGUCGUCAUCAUCUUCCAGCUGUCCACCGUUAACUUCAUGACCUCCGCCGUGACGGGUCUCGUCACUGUCGGCCUGCCCACCAUCUCAGCCACUCUCAACCUGCCCACAAAGCUCGCUCUCUGGCCUGCCUCCGUCACCAACUUGACCACUGCAUCCACCCUGAUGAUUGCCGGGGCGGCCUCGGAUGUCAUCGGCCCUCGCACUGUCGACAUUGCCGGCUGCUUCCUCGUCGGCGUCGCCAUCCUCGCCGCUGCGGGUUCCCAGACCGGCGAGCAGCUCGUCGGCAUGCGUGCCCUGCAAGGUGUGGCACUAUCGCUGCACCUCGCCGCCUCUGUCGGCAUUGUGUCUCAGUCCCUGCGAGCCGGCAAGGCGCGCAAUCUGGCAUUUGCUUUUCUGGGAUUGAGCCAGCCCAUGGGCUUCUCCUUCGGUCUCGUCACGGGUGGCAUCAUGAUCGACACCACGGGCUGGCGCCCCGGGUGGUGGAUCUUUGGCGGCAUCAUCUUGGGACUGGCGUUCGUCGGCAUGUGGGCGCUGCCGAGCCAGAGAAAAAACCGCACGUUUGGCCAGGUCCUGAAGGAGUGCGGCCAGAAGGUCGACUGGGUCGGUGCGGCGCUGGCUUCUGUGGCUAUGGCGCUGUCGUCGUAUCUCCUCGCCAUCGUCAGUGCCGACCCGCAUCGCAUCCGCGAGGCCGGCAGCAUCGUCAUCCUGUGCUUGGCUGUUGCGGCGGUUCCCGCUUUCGUCUACUGGGUUCACUACCGUGUUCAAAUUAACAAGCCUGCCCUGAUCCCCAACUCUCUCUGGAAGAACAAGGCUUUCUCGACCAUUUGCGGGACCAUCACUUUGUCCUUUGCCGUUCUUGGCUCCAUGGAGCUCUUUGCCAGCUUAUUCUUCCAAGAAAUCCAGCACCUCUCCGCACUCCAGGCCUCCAUUCGCAUUCUGCCCUCCCUUAUCGUCGGCACCCUGCUCAAUCUCGGGACAGGGCUCGUCGUCCACCGCAUCCCCGCCCUCUGGCUCGUCAUGAUCUCCUCCCUACUCUGCGCCGGUGGACCCCUGCUCAUGGCCGUCAUCCAGCCGCAGUGGACCUACUGGGCCAACGCCUUUGUCGCCCAGCUCCUGCAGCCCAUCAGCGUCGACGUCAUGUUCACGGUGGGGCUCAUCAUCGUCUCCGAGACCUUCCCCGAGGACAAGCAGAGCCUCGCGGGCGCCGUGUUCAACACCGCCGCACAGUUCGGGCAGGCGCUGGGCCUGGCCGUCAUGCAGAUCGUAUCGGCGCUCGUGAGGCAGGCCGAGGAGCGCAAGGGGAAUGUGGACGGGGAUGAUGCGCUGUUUGCGGGGUACAAGGCGAGUUUCUGGACCAUGUUCUCGUUUAUGAUGCUCUGCAUUCUACUGGGAGGGAUCGGCUUGAGGGGCGCCGGGCGUGUGGGAGUGAAGAGAGAUUAA